CGAACAACUAACACCUAUCACCAGGCAAUGGGACUUCACAGUCUCGGCUUCGGCAUCUUCUUGAUGCUAUGCAUCUCGACUCUCUUCAGCCUUGUGGCAGCUCACCCUGGCGAUUACCUUCGUCAUACGCGGUAUCAUCUUCUCGGAGAGGAUAUGGACAUUCCAACCCCAACCAUUCACGCUCCCGUCUUGGCUAAAGAUGUCACCUCCAGCACUCCUGUCUUUCCUUGUCUCAAUGAUCCCUGCGCCACAGAUGUUCCACCUUCUGAGAACCUCUCCUGCUAUGCUGUCAAUGGAACAACCUUCGUCAACAGCGCAGCAAACUACACUCUUCUCUGCGACAUUGACUUUCCUGCUCAGAACAUCUAUCCCUUUGUCCGGGCCGGCUCCUUCAAUGAGUGCUUGGAGCAGUGCGAGUCCUACAAUCGGAAGAAUGUCGCUGGCAGUCGCUGUGCAGGAUUUGUUUUCGCGCCAGACCGAAUUCACGACGCCGAUGACUGUUACCUCAAGUCGUCGUUGAAUGAACCUAUCCCGGCAACUCUCCAUCUGGUCGGUGCUACCAUUACCACACCUACAUCAACUUGCACUACCACUCCUAACUCCAAGCCUACGCCCCGCUCUGAUCUUACCAGUUCAGCAUCAGCUUUGACAGUCAAAGAUGUCAAAGUACUUGGAAGUUCGACCAACAAGCCAACAACUCAAUACGUCAGUCAUCUUCCAGCAACUCCGGAGAAGCUUGCGAGCAACGUCCUCGUCCCUGGAAUCAAUAUUGACUUGAUUACAAAGUAUCCGAUGGCGGGCGACACUGGUGUCUGGUCUGAGGAAAAUACACCCUUGGACGUGGAUGUGGCAGACAUGAAGGUCGUACCACACAUGUCAAGAGAUGGUGGAAAGGGUGGAACCAUCAACGGAACUCACAUCUUUGUGUUUUGUGACACUGCCAGUUAUCAGAUCGACGGUGCUUCCAACCCACUCGUGGGGUUCGUCUCUAGCUCCGUUGCAACAGAUGUUGGCAUGAAGGCACUAUAUGGCCAACCUCUCGAUCUUGUCGACAAUCUCGGCGAAUGGCAGGAUGAUGUUGGAAGAAUGCGUGGCUUUGCACCCAUGACAACUGGAGAGGAGUCCUUCAACAUUGCUCUUUCGGGCAAUGGCUACCGUUAUGCCGUGUGGCCUGAGUCAUCCCUCAUUCCCAUGAAUACCAGCCACGCACUCCUGUACCCUGCACUGGUGUACGAUGUGGUCAACAUGAAGAAUCAAGCGGCGGUCUUCCAUGAUCUGGGCAACUCCAUUCUCCUUGUUUCGGUGGAUGAGAAAUAUGGUCCAACCGCCCAACGCUUGGUACCACAGCUCUUCAAACAAGACCAAGUCACCUUUGGAACCUUGGGAGGUAUCCGUUCUUGGGGUUCAUCGGGCGUUGGCGGCAAUGAUGGAAUCAUCUAUCUGUUCGGUGAGACCAAUCAUGGUGUCCUUGUUGCACGAACCACUCCCGCUGACUUCACCAAUCUUUCAUCUUACACGUACUGGGACGGCAAUUCUUGGUCCAACGACAUGCCGUCACCAAAGUCCACAGCAACCAUGAUCGACGUGCCCGUGCAGGAUUUGGAUGUCUUUCAUGUGCCAGCUCUUCGCAGUUUCGCCAUGGUCUACCUCAACACCGUCGCCGACAAUACUUUCUACUAUCGAUACCUGCCACUAGACCUGAAUGUCGAUGAGAACGCAGAUUACGAAGACGUCGUCACCAGCCAAUGGUCAGACGAGAAGGUGCUGGCCAAGAUUGACUCUCCUGCCGAAGGAUACAUCUACGCAGGUGGGAUGCACGCAGGUUACUUUGGCGGCGACGACAUUACCAACGGUGGUUGGAAGAUGUUGAUAACCUGGACCGAGCAUACUGGAAAAGAUGCAGCUAGUCCGGAAUCCGGAUACGCACACAAGUCAGCCUACGUCGAGUUUGGACUUGCUUGACACUGAGAUGGCCAACACUCAAACUCUCACACCUUACGGGCGAAUCAACAAUCCUGGAUAAUUGUUACUCGUACGGAGUCGGAUCAUCAAAAAAACAAACCUUAACGACCACAACUCUUAUCGGGGCAUUGUUCUUUUGUUCUACAUCACCUCCAGGCGAGAGUGGACAGUUCAUCACACAUGGGCAUAUCUUCGGUCUUGCAUUCGAUGACCACACUUGUGUCACAAACAGUUUUCUUGGUAGCUUUUUGAUUUCUUUUUUUUCUUUGCUGGUGGAUGGAUGUGAUAUGAAACCUCGUCUUCUUCUUCUUUACUCAAAUCUGUUUUGAUCCAGAUCAUGAUUGAUGUACCAGGAAGACAAUGAGCUUUAUUCUUGCUCCGACGAUGACGGAUGACCAGGAUGGACAUGAGCAAUGGAAACAUGACGGUACGAUAGUACGUUAAGUACUCCGUACGGUUGCCAGCCAUACUAGAAUACUCGGACUUCUUUUCUCUUAGCUGAGAGAGAUAAACCCUACAGAAAUACCCACGUAAUUGAACACUGAGGCCUGGUCUAUACAUAGUCAUCGUGCGAAUUCCCUC